AUGAACAAUAUAAAGGUGUAUGGAUGCAAAAAUGUGACGAAUGUGUUUGCAAAAAAUAAAGAAAUUAAUGAAUAUAUAAACGUUUUACAAUACGUGGAUGGCUCAAAUGAAGGAGCUAGCCAUUUUCAUGUUUUCAUUUUUGACUCCUUUGAAAAUGUCGACAGGGGAGGAGUACCCAAUCAUGAGAACGUUCCUCCCGGUGGAGCAGCAUAUACUCCCUUUGUGAAUACCCAAUAUUGGGUAGGGGAGGAAGAUAUCAAUAUCCCUGAAGGAAGUAUAUUUGGACAUAAAAAUGUCGGAGAUCAGAAAAGUACGCACACUUCCCAAGUAGGUCAAGAACAAACGAGGUGUGGCGAGAUGUUCAUUUAUUACAAUGUCGUAUUUGACCCCGCAUGGAUAAGAAGCGCGUUAGGGGUGGACAUAUAUGAGCGAGCACUGUGUGGGAACACUGUAGACAUGUCGAAGGAAAAGCUAAUACUAUGUAGACGCUGUCGUACGGAAGAUGAUAAAGAAGAGGUUGAAGUGGCCAUGAUGAAUGCGUCCUUUUAUAACGAUCAUGGAAAAAACUCUAAGUUGAAUCAAAUUUUGGAAACUUUGGGUAUAGAAAGUUUCAGCUCCUUUUCAGGGACUCUCCUAAAAUUUCCCUUAACCUUUCAAUCAUGUAUGAACCAAUUUUGUGAGGAGUUAAUAAAAAUCACAACCGAAUUUAUGCUCUUGUCUCGGAAGGUAGAAACGUUUGCAGUUCAGAUGAAUGGUAUUUCUGUGUGCACCUGGGAGAGGAACCAUAACAGUAUUCCCAUUUCCCAUUUGGAAGGUGAAACACACUUAGUGAAUAGUAUCCCCUACGUUACCGUGCGCCAUAAGCACAAAGACCAAAUUACCCAGUAUGUUCUCCAUGCGAAUGCGGUAAAAAGUAGCAACCAAGAGGAAGAAAUAUACUUUAUACAUGUAAGUAGACAAACGCGAGAAGGGUUACAAAAGUGUAGCGACAUUGAUGCGUUCCAAAGGGGGGGAAAUAUUAAUUGGCCGAGCUACAUACAAACCGUUCCAGGUGUCGUUCCCAUGUUCAUAAAAUCGAAGAGUAAAAGGAAAAUACACAUGGCAGAUAUCACAAAGGGGUGGGGAGCUAAUUCCAUUUGUGACCUUUACAUGGAAUUUUUGCUACUCCUCCGUGAGCUAAACCUAUCCUGCAGUGCAUAUGAUUUUGCCUUUCAUUUUCCAGACACUUUAGAGGCCAACAUAUUUUGCGGUCUGUAUAGACAACUAUUUGACGAAGAGAAAAAAUUAAAACUUUUUUUUAAUGGGCAUCAAUGGAUAGGAUUCUCUGAAUGUGUAUUCGUUCCUUAUGACUUGAAAAAUAUUUUUGAAAAUUGCAUUUCCGACAUUGUAAAAUAUUCCGGUGUGAAGAAUUUACUGUUUUUUGACCAGCGAGUGAAGCAUGCUUUGUUCCAUUAUUUGAAUACCCUAUGUGAGGAAAAAAAAAAUAUAUUGGCUGCAAGAAUUUGUAAGCGAAAUUUACUGUAUAUAGAAAAUGUCCCUGAUAAAUUCAGGCGAGCAGAUAAACACAACAUAGAUGAUGAGGUGGUGAGGAAAACUUAUCAAAAUAGGACAAAUACAUUUUUGUGUGAAGUGGUCAUAAACAAUGCUAUCUAUGUGCAGUUCCAGAAUUGGGUUCCCAUUUUGUCGUACCUGCUGGAAAUGGGGGAACACUCCGUGUUAGCAUGUCUGAAGAACUCACCCUGUUUUCCAAAUGAAGAAAAAGAGUGUAAGAGGAUAUGCGAAUUGGUGUAUCCCCUCGACAGCAAAGAUUUCUACGGCAUAGACAAUCACGAUUAUAGUGAAAAUGCCGUAGCAGGUAAGGUUAAAGAAGGCACAAAUGGUGAAAGUUGUAGUAAUAUGGAGGGGGGAAAUACAUCUAAUGGAGAAAAGCACAUGAAGUACGACACACAUCAGAAACAAAAUAAAAAUUGCAUUGGGAGGGAAAAUCUGUUAAACUUGUAUUUGGUGAAGCAGGUUAAGGAGGAGGGGAUCCAAAAGAUGAAAUUUUUGGGUCUGACCAUCCUCAAAGAGCAGUACAAACUGAAUGACAACAUAAACGAUAUUUUCCUCGAUUUGGACAAACUAUAUAGUAGCAUAAAUUUGUUCGAUACUAAAUUAAAAGUCCUUAACAAAAUAAUCUUCCAGUUGGAAAAAAAUAUACACCAUUUGGAAGACCCCUUAGUGCUGCAAAAAUGUAGGGAGCGUUUUUUCCUGCCAUUGUACCGGAGCAAACACGUUAGUUAUGCCUUCCCGCCAACAGGGGAUGCUUGGGUAGAAGGCGGUAGUGCGCUAAGUAAAAAGGCCGUCAUUAGAGUGUCACCCAAUGGGGAUAAUCAAAAAAGGGGGGUCGCCAAAACGGAGAUCUCCUCUACCAAUGACAAUAAUACCAUCACUGUUGUUGCUCCUGUAAAGGAGACUAACAACAGUCCACCCAGACACAUUUCCAACACCUCAAAGCGUGACGUACAUAAAAGUGCCAACCCUUGUGGAAAAACCCAAAACGACGCCGGAAACGAUCAGAAGGAUAAGGACUUUGUCAAAAUAUGUGAUGCGUAUGAUAGAAAAUAUUUCAACCUAAUUUUUUUAAAAAGAAAAUGUUACCAUGUGGAGAAGUUAACUCUCUCUCCCAAAUUGAGGGACCUACUUCAGUUGGAGAAGAGUCCUCCAUUGGCUGAGGUUCUGGGGCACCUGGAAUUGCUCUGUAGGAGUUGCAAAAAUACGUGUUUUCAGAAUGUGUCCAAGGUGUACGAUGAUAUAUAUGACCAUUUGGAGAAGUACAUUGUUCGGCACAAGUCGAGGGGAGGAGUAGUCUACUCCGGUGAUGCAGCAGCGGGGGGGGUGGGUGACUCCCCGGCACAAAGCGAAUUUGGCAUGCUAGCCCAUUUUGUCCAAAGAAAUAAGUUCAUUUACAUAAAGAACAAACUAUGGAGGGCGAAGGACGUUUUCUCCAUUAAGCAUACCGUCCCCUUCAACCUCUUCCUGUGUGAACUACCCAAACUGUACCGAAUGAAGUACCCCAAUUUGAUCGAACUGAGUUGCGUGCAGGGAAGUCUGAAGCAUUCCAAUGUGGUUAGCAUCUUGGACAAAAUUAUUUCCAAACUGAAGGGAAAAUCGGUUCCCCCAGAUGAGCAAGACACCCAUUUGAACGAGAAAACAAAUGAAUCUGAGGGAGAAAAAGAACAAAAGUUGUACCUAUCAGGGCUUUUAAAAAUAUCAUACAUCAACACAUUGAACAUAAUUGAUGUGUCAGUUUGUGAUUGUGUACCCCUGUGUACAAAGGGAACAAAGGAAAAGUUACAGACGGUGGAGAAUGAAAAGGGUAGAAUUUUGGAAAAACUGAACCAAGUGGAUAAGAAGACAAAGCUUCAGUUGAAAUGUCCCUGCUUCGAUGGCAUGUACCUUCCAAAUAGCAAUUACCUUUUAGUGAAGAAGGAAAAGUUAACCUAUGUUAGUAGCCCCCUACUGUAUAAUAACCACUCACACAAAGGUAACGUCGUGCAUAGGGAUGUGAAGGAAAACAUCAUUGACUUGUUAAAUGUUCCAAAGAGGGGUGAAAAGGAAAAUGCCGAACUGAAUAGAGGAGUGCAGAAAAAUCACAAAAAGGUUUCCAACCAAGGGGAUCAGAAUAGUAUGAAAAAAGGGCCCAUAAAAAGUCUCCCAUUGGGGGAAAACAAAACAGUGAAGAGUACGCUUCCGGCGAGCACCAUAACCAAGGGUAAAAAAAUCCAAGUGGGAAAAAAUUCACAAAAUGCUAUAAACAGCCAGGAGACAAGUAAAAAAAAAAUAACGUCCUGCCCAAUCCAACAGAAGAAAAAGGAACAACGGAAGAGAGAAAUAAAAAAAGAAAAAGCACCCACUGUUAAGAGAGAACCCAAAUUGUUACCUCCACAAAAUGGAACUGUGGUAAGUACAAAUGGGAACGGGAAAAAAGAGCUCCAGAAGGGGAACCAACUCAAUGAUAAUAUCCUAUUUAGGGAAAUAAAAAACUUAAUAUACUUUCUAGACGACAUAGGAUGCAUGGACAUAAAAUUGAUUUCAGAUAAGAGAAGUUUCAGCUCGGACACACUUCCUAAAAUAUUUCUCAAAAGAACUUGCUUAUGUCUGUACAUACAGGUCAAGAAAGAACAAUAUGAGAAUCUUCUAAUCACAAAUGACGAACUGAAUUCCUUUGCCAAUGCUCACAAUGUAGUGCGCAACAAGGAAUAUCUCAAUGCAGAUACGAACAACUUGGAGUCAUUAAAAUCGUGCAACGACUUGAUUUGCGCCUACCUUUUUGAGAACCUUUCCGGAGUCCUCGAUUAUUUACUAAUUCGAAAUGGGAGCUGCAUCUCGGAGUGGUGUUUACGGCAAAGCGAUGAGAUGGCUAACAGUGUGCGCACCGAGGAGGGGAUCAAUAAGGAGUGCAGCCAUGAGCAGAGUUGCGAUAAUCCAGAUGAGCUGAAUAGCAGAGUGAAUGAAGUACCGAACGUGUGUCAACCACAAGCGGAAUUUUCGAAUGGGAAAAAAUCUCCGGAUCGUGGGGAUCAAGGAAGUUCCCUCCUUAAUGACGGUGAAAGCCGUGGGAGAAACACGAUGUGUGUGCCCCCAAAUGUAGACGCACCAUCACAGAGUCACAAAAGGGUCUUAUACAAGAAAAACCACAUUCUCAGCAAAAAGGAUGAAGAACUGGCCAAAAAUAUUUUUUUUCAUAACUACUUUCGACUCGAUGAAAAGAACAAAUGGGAAGAAAAUAGCUACCUGCGCAAACAGUGCAAAGUGGGAAGUGUGAACAGAAAAAAGGAGGGGGUACCCCUGCCGGGAGAGAAAAAAUAUUAUGUGCGACGGACAACCGGAGUGGGAAGCGGCGAAUAUCCACUAGGAGCAAUUUCUAUCAGCGACAUAGAACAUGAUCGUAUAGAGCCCACAGAAAUGAAGACAACAUAUUCAAAUGUGGGGGAAAAUCAAAUCAUAUGCAUUCGCUUGUACAAUAAACAAAAGCUGUCAACAUUGAAGAUGAUUGAAAGGGUCUUUUUGGAGUGCAAAAAAUAUAGUGAGAAGUUUUUUUUCUUCUCAAAAAAUCUUUUAAAAUUGGAUAUAAUAAAAAUAAAUGAAAAAGGAGGGCGGGCUGAAAAUGCCACAAGCUUAGGGAUCUGCAUGUCUGACUAUCACUUCCAUCUGCGGGAAAAAUUUUACAACGCCUCGAAGAAGAACAAGCAAUUACACACUUCAGGGAAGAAUAAAGAAGAACAAUUAUCCUCAGACGAAACGAAUUGCAACAAUUUGGAAAUAUUUCUUCAGUGCCAAAUAUACAACGGACGUAAAUCGAGCAGAUGGAUCAUAGGACUAUUGCACGACGUCCGCAUAGCCAUUUGCUUUGAGCACUAUCAGAUUUUUCGCAAACAUUUUCUGUUCCAAAAUUUUCACAUCGUUUCAAAUAUAGACAACCUACCUAUGCAUAUAUGUUGCAAUUUAUUUGACAAUAAUAUCUGCAAUUUGAAAAAACUGAAAAAUGUGGAGAACCUGCAGGGGGUGGUAAAGAGGAUCUCCAUUUUGUAUGAACACUUUUUGAAGCUGGCCCACAGAAAUGCAGUGAAGAAAUUGUUGAAGCACGAUUCGAGUAAGGUGCUGUACAAAUGUAAGGGGAAAUGGGUUAAAAGGAAGAUUCCGGAGAGGCACCCUGUGAGCGGGGCGGGUGGUAUAAGUGCCCCGGGGAGCACAGGUACGGGGAGCAGAAGCCUUGGCAGCGCCGACCUCAGCAGCAUAACAAGCAUGGAUAGCAUGAAUAACAUGACCAGCAUGAACAGCGUACACACCAUGCACAGUGGGAAGGUGAGCAACAUGGUGAGCGCCUGCCGAACGGACCACUCCAAUGGUGCAAACACGAGCAACACCCCGAAGGAGGCAAACGAUAGCGUAACCCUAGACUACAUAUACAAAGUAGACAAAAGGGACAUCAAAAAUUUCAGCGAAAUAUAUCAAAUUUUUAAGACCAAGUAUCUUAAUUUUAUUCCCAAAAAAAACGACAAGAAUGACUUGUUCUGUUCAGUUGUUAAAAAUGUUUUUUUAAAUUGCCCAGAACUUCAAAUUUUGCCUUGCUUAAAGAAGAAGGAAAAAAUUUACGCCCUGUACUGGUCUAGGAUGUACGGCUGUGUCAAUAUCUAUCCCUUCUGCAAAUACUUGAACCAGAUUACCUUCUUCCUUUUGGAUUUGGGUCUCACCGUUCUGCUUCCCUACUACGAAAUUGACAACAUUGUUCAUAUGCACAAAAUGGUUAGCUCUAUGAGGGAGGCCAGCACGCACAUGGGUUCGGAGACAAAGCCCGUCAACACAGGAUGUGGUGGGGAUGACCAUUCCACAUACAUGAGGGAGAAGCCGGACGAUCAAGAUGCCCUCAGAAUAGGGACUCAUGGCGGGAACAUACAAGAACAAGUUCUCAAUAUAACACCAGUUUACCUAAGAAAUAGAAUCAAAAAAUAUAUGCCCAUUUACCUCAAUUUUGUAAAGGAAUGUCUAAGUGAUAAGAACUUUUCCACGGUGAUAUAUUUUCUGGAUUAUAUUUUCUCCGAUUUCAAGAAGCAUGAAUUGUAUGACACGUUGGUGAAGGACAUGAAAUGCAUACCUCUUUUGGUCAUCCUGAAUUAUGACACAUCGUAUUUGAAGAUGAAGUUGGAAGGAUUCUUACCUUCUGGGGGGAUGUACACUGGGGACAGCGCCUCAAUCGCUGCUGCGAAGGAAAAGUUAACGGGGGAGGAAAGGGAAGGAAACUCCUGUGGGAGUAACGAAGAGGAGACAUUUAAGACCAAGUGCGAUGAGGGAGAUAUGGACGGACGCUUUUCUCACGAUGGAAAUGUUGAUCUAAUUGGAGAAGAUCACAAUGACGAUGCUAAAACGCUCGAGUGUGGAGAAAGCGCUGGGUACUCCUUUCCUAAACAGGAUGAUCAUUGGAAAGGGGAAACAAAUCAUGUCAUGCCCAUAUGCACACAUAACCUACUCAAAAUUAAGAACAGCAACUUUGACACGGAGGAAUUUUUCAAUUACAAUUUCAUUCAGCUCAUUAAGUAUGACGAAAAUGAAAAAAUUUACACGUCAAAGUAUUUUUAUUUAUUUGAUUUAGACAGAGUGAUGUUUAUAAACGUCCAUUUUUAUUCCUCGUCAAUUUUGUCUCUCCUUCUGGAGACCCAAAUUGUGGCCAAUUUGAGUUUUAGUAAUUUGUUCCAGGUGCUGAAGCAUAAUUUGUACCCAUCCAUUUUUCAUCCUUGCUCUCCGCUCGAUGGAAAUGGAGGCAGUAAUGAUGGACUUGAUAGUGAGAAAGGCGAUGCUUUGGUGUACGUGAGCGUGGAGGGGGAGCAAGCACACCCACGUCAGCAUACACAAUGCCAUCUGAGGGGAGAAAAAAACCAACGCCCCAAGAACGCUGACCUAUAUAACUGCAUAAAAAUCUCCUACGACGCAAAUGUCAUAAUGUAUAGUAGACUCCUCCUCGACAUGAUAAGCGAGCUGUGCAGUGAACAGCCUUACAACAGCGUCCUGCACACGCUGAACAAUUUCCGCCUGCUCAUCACAUUUGACAAGGAAGCACAAAAUGCAGAGAAAGCUUAUAUGUAUGUGCACAGCUGGAACGAUAUAAAAAAUAUCCUUAGCUUUAACUUCGGAGACCCCCGCAUGGAAGCAACUUUAUAUUUAUUGGGCUACAAAAAAAUGCACCCCACCAUGUCAGACAAUUGCAUCUUUAGACAGUACUUAAUAAAUAAUUAUGAGGAUGUUAUGUUGUCCUUAUAUCGAAAUGGGGACUACCUGAAUUGGUCAGCACUUAAUAUGGAGGACAUGGAUUUUCUCCUGCUUGCUUUUCUUUCGACCAUCAAAUUUAAUAGUAAUAAUAUUUUUUAUUUUAAAGCCUUGCCCAUUUUUUAUUCUUUAAAUUGUUUUGCAUACAUCAAUUUGGCAAACAGAAAUAGGAGGUACAUUGUGGUGUGUACGAAGAAUUUGCAGUUGUUCUCGCGUGUACUAUCUCAACUGUGUAUGGGUAGUAGCACCAGCGAGGGGGGGACUGACAUGGGAAAGAGCAUCGAGGAACCGAACAUCAGUAGGGGAAGUAGAGGAAGUAGCACAAUUGAGGGGGAUAGUACUAAUUGCGCAAAUGGAGUAACAAUGACGGAUUUGCGAGAAGGUAAUAAGGAUGAAGGGAUUGCUGUGCAAAGUGGCGCUGAUCAGGGGGACAUCCUUUCGGAGGGCUCACCCCUGAAGGCAAGUACAACAGGGGACCAUUUCUCAACAACGAUCAGCAACGAAACAAGCACACCGAUUAAGUAUACUUUUCUGCACCACUCCAACGUAAGUGUUAAGUACUGGAAACACAUCAACAUCGAAUGCUGGUGCGGGUAUGACAUCAUCGCUAAUUUUUUGUUACAAGUGAUACAAGAUUGCAGUGAUGAGAAUCUCUUUCACUACAUUGUGCUUUUUAUCUACAAGGAGUAUGAAGACAUGCUGGAAAAAAAAAACGAUCAAACAAAAAUUAGGACGGAAAAAUAUUCUGGUAAUAUCCCUAAUGUGUGUGACGCAAAUGAAGUGGAUGGUUUAGAGAAUCACUACGGGGAAUUCCUGAUGAACAUUUGUGGAGGGAUGAAAGAAGUGCGAUUGAAGUUUAGAGGACAUGUGCAAAUAGCUCAACUUUACAACGCUAACAGUGACUUGUUUAGGGAGUUUAUAAAUGACAACAAAUUGUUCCAUUUUGUGCAUUUGACUAAUUUAAAAUAUGAAAAGGAGUUUCUGGAAAAAUUAAAUUUUCAUUUGAACCCUAGCAUGACAGAGUUAAAUAACUUCCUUUACAUUUUAAUUAGUGUUGUAAAGAAAACAGCUAGCGAAGGCGCUUCGGCUGUGAUGCCCCUGGAAGACAUUUUUCACGAUAUCUGUGUUGAUAAUAGUAGGUAUGACACAAAAUUUGAUGAGGAUAAUUUGCAUAACAAAAUGCACUCCUUGCUUCAAUACGCAGAGGACAAUUUCGAGAUGCUGCUUAAAAAGAGGGACGAUAAUUUUGCCUAUUUAAUGGGAUCCCUAAUGGAGCUGUUACUGAAUAGCAAGCGAUUUGCAUCGACGGCAGGUGCGUAUAAAACGCUGGAAGGUUAUUUCGUGCAAAAGGGCAAAGCGAGAAUGGGGUACUCGAUAGAGGGGACACGCGACAGGGGGAAGGGCACCAUCGGGGAGGGACAGGAUGGAGAGAGACACAAGGAGGACGCGGAAGGAGAGGUGGAACAACCAGUUGAACCAGUGGUUGGAUCACAUGUAGAAAAUUGCGUCGAAUCAACAGUGGUAGAACAAAUUUGUACCGUGGAGAAUCAGUGCGAUGGCGAGCUGAAUGAACAGGAGGAGGAACCUUACAAGCGAAGUAACGAAAGGGAGACGCGGGAAGAAGCGGGAACUGUCCACACUAAUGUACCAAAAGUGAGCUCCCAACUUACUAAGAGCAAAACCCUAUGA